UCCACAGCUUCCUGUCCCUCCGGCUCUCACUGCUGCCAUCUUGCCGCCGCCGCUGGACUCUGUUCGGGCUGCAGCUCCAGUCCUCAGACCGGACGCUGCUCCGCGGAGUGAAACAAGCACAACCGGCGGCUCUUUUGCAGCGGCUCCUUCUCGCAGCUUCUCCGGCGUCGCAGGUGGAGGCUGGUCCCGGUGCCCGAGCUGCUGUCUCCUUCUUCUCCUCCUGCCCCCCUUCCACCACCCGGCUCACAGCGUCGCGUCUCCGGUGAAGAGCUCCGAGCAGGACCGGAGGAUGAACCCGCCGUGCGCCCGCUGCGGGAAGAUCGUCUACCCGACGGAGAAAGUCAGCUGCCUGGACAAGAACUGGCACAAAGGAUGCUUCCACUGCGAGGUUUGCAAGAUGACCCUGAACAUGAAGAACUACAAAGGCUACGACAAGAAGCCCUACUGCAAUGCACAUUACCCGAAGACGUCCUUCACCAUCGUGGCCGACACACCCGAGAACCUGAGACUGAGGCAGCAGAGCGAGCUGCAGAGCCAGGUGAAGUACAAGAAGGACUUCGAGGAGAGUAAAGGUCGAGGGUUCAGCAUCGUGUCCGACACUCCGGAGAUGCAGAGACUCAGAAGGACUCAGGAGCAGAUCAGCAACGUACGUACGCCAAGACGUCGGCGGCCAUGUUGUUUGUAUACGAGAGUGUGUUUGUGCUGUGUGACGCCUGGAAGUGAAUCGUAUGUGAGGGUGCACUUUGGUCAGUGAGCGCGCAAACAAACGCACAAACACAACACAACGUCUGCAUCGUGGAGACCUCCAAGCGUCGACGACGGCGGCGGACGGAAGAGGAGCUUCUUCUACAACCAUGACUGUAAGUGAGCAAGAGCUUUUAUUUACUGAAUGCACAGCAGAUAACAUAAUUACAAAGGAUCCUCGUUUUAGAAAGGCAACAGGGAGAAGAAGUAUUUGAAAUAACUCGGCAAUGACAACGUGUCUCUAGACAAGUACAUGAUCAAAAAGACGGAAGUCAAGAUCCCCGUGAUAUAAAGUCAGAGUGAACGUCACUGCAUGAGCGAUUUCAGCACGUUUGGGAUGAACUGCCAGCCAAUUAGAAGGCAGGUUUUACAACCAACAUAUCACUGACUUCACUGUUUGUGGUUUUGUGUGUCUGUGUUUGGGAGUGUGUGAAUGCGUAUAGACGCUGUGCGGGUGUCCUGACGGCCCAGCGACCCUCAGAAGACGAUGCCAAGAGGUGACCGGCGUGGAGGAAGAGGAGGCC